UCCAACAAGGCUUAUUUUCGGCCAAAGAUCCUACGUACUUAACCUGCGCGACCAUUAAUGUGCUGUCCCUCCAUUCUCAGCCUCUCUUAUGGCAGCUUCUUCCAAACCGAGAGAAGGAAAUUGGUAUCCAUACGGUCUUCUUGCAUACGACACACUCCCGAAUCGCCAAGAUGACUCUGAAUCGAUAAUAGUCGACCCGAAGCCCGCUGCGGGGGCUAGCACCGAUUUCUACGACCGCGGUCUGACAACUCGCAGAUAUGCUGUUGUUGGUGUGAUGUGUACGGGUGUCAUCAGCUGCUGUUGCAUCACUGCUGGCACGGUCACUUUAGCCAAUCACGGAGUCUGGGGAGUAACCAAUAUAAUGGCACUGAGCAGCCCGAGCAACAACACGACUCGAUUGUUCCACCAGAGAGAGAUACUGGCCCUAACACUAAACUUAAUCGUCACACUAUGCACCGAGUCCAUAGGCUUUGUACACGGCAUCUCAUUGCGCUCUGCGCUAGCAUCAGAGUCUCGGCUUCGUUUCAACACUAAUCUGCGGCUUCUCGCCGCGGCUCGUGGAUGGAGCAACCCCAAUGGUGCCCUGCUCAAUGGCAUCAUGUCAAUCCUCCUCAUUAUAUCCUACAGCUCAUCCUCACUUGUCUUGUGUUUCGACACGGAAGUGACAUUUACUUCAGGACUUGAAUUCGGAGGCGAUUACUUCGAAGAAUAUGUUACCAUCACUGGGUUGCCUCUACUCAUGUUGGGCCUCACACUUCUUCUCCAGGUGGUGAUUGCAUUGUCAGGGUUGCGGGCUGCCAAAAUAUCAACGUGGAGCUCCUCGCCUUUCGACUUGACCGCCGCUUUGGUUCAUCAAACCCAAUUGACCCCAGUUCCUUUCCGAUGCGUGCGUGGCGUGUCAGACCUGAACGUGGAUGAAGGUCCUGGGAAGCCCUCAGAGACACAGCCCUCUGCGUGGCGUGCUCAUCCUAGCAUCCGCAAAGUUAUCAUUUCCCUUUGGGGGAUCGUCGUAGCAUGCGCUGGAUGGGCCGCGCUCGUUAUGUUCAUCUGGCACAAGUAUAACGGCAACGAGUACUCCAACACCCCUGCGCUAACCCUACAAUCAUGGUCAUUCUUCCUCGGCGCGCAGUCUAAUUACGUCACGUAUGCCGUCCCGGGUGGCAACGUUCAGGGGUGGAUUCUGGUCUAUGUUCAGAUGGCAGUUGUCCAGGGACCGUUGACACUUGGGUUGCAUUACUCCGAGCUCAUCGCGAAUGUCAUUCGAGAUGAAAGACAGUGGAGAUGCGCUACCAGAAGGAAAGGACUCAGAACGGCGACGAACCCGCUGAAGGUUGUUUUAACUGAUCCGUGCUGUCUUGUACUUUUCUUGGCGAAACCUUUUCUGCACUGGAUGUUUGGGCUUUCUUUCAUUUCGUCUCCCUCAGCCGAUUUCAGGUCAGUCAAGGGCCUCUGGGUAACCAUGGGUACAGCGCAGAUAUGGAACUUAUGUAUAGCGCUGUCUAUAUUCGCCUGUUUCUUCACUCUCAUCGCACUGCACCGACCGCGUGGCUCCCAGCCGGCCGCAUACGGUCACCUCCAGACACUCGCCAACCUCGUAGACGAGUGGUCGCCUGUGAUGUGGUGGGGUCACAAGGAGGACGGAAUCCCUUAUUGUCACGCCGGUAGGGUACUUGUAUGAGCACGAGGAUGCUGCAUUUACGCGUUUACACAGGGACGAGCGAUCACCCGCUGCCGGGUGUGAAGAUGGAGUGUGUUUAUGCUGGUUCUGGUGUCAGGUCUCCACGAAAUCCCCGCCCUUGAAAAACAAAUUCAUCUUUGUCGACUCGGGCUGAUAUGGUACCUAGUCAGUAACGGCGCGCGCUGCGCACAGCUCGAACGAGGCUGUCUGCCUCGUCGCAGGUAGCUCGGGAUGUGUCGUAUCAUCUUUCUAGCUGUGUCGAUUUGUACGACUGACCUACCUGGAAGUGAACACCGUACUCUUGGACAGUAUUAUUUACACACGAUAUAGACAUUGAUCCAGAUGUUCACUGUG